AUGUUCAAAACGCUUUCGUCGGCUAGUCAAAUAGCUUUAUCAAGGAACAGUUUCAGAGCAUUACAUGUUUCAGCCGUGAGCAGGUCUGCAACUGUGGUAUCCGGUACGAAAUUAGCGCAGUCAGUCAGAAAGAACAUAGCAGAGAAGGUCAUAAAGCAUAAUAGAGAAAAGUUUGGAGACCUUAAGAGCACUUCCUUCGAUGACUUGAAGUUCAAGCCUUCUCUAACUAUUGUUCAAGUUGGAAAUCGGCCGGAUUCUUCUGCUUAUGUGAGAUCUAAGCUUAGAGCUGCGGAAUCUUCCAAUAUCUCUUCGAGAUUGAUAAAAUUAGACGAUAAUGUGACAGAAGAGGCUCUAUUGGAAGAAAUAACACGGUUAAAUAAUGACCCUAAGGUAAAUGGUAUUUUGGUUCAAUUGCCGUUACCUAAGAGUAUCAAUGAAACUACCAUCACAAAUGCCGUUUCCCAUUUAAAAGAUGUAGAUGGGUUUGGCCGUUUCAAUAUUGGUGAACUAUCUAAGAGAGGGGGCAACCCCCUCUUUAUGCCUUGUACCCCUAAUGGAGUAAUUGAAUUGAUCAAAACAACGGGAAUUGACUUGAGAGGAAAGAACGCCGCUGUCAUUGGUCGGUCAGAUAUAGUUGGAACUCCCGUUGCCUCAAUGCUUAAAAACUUGGAUUGUACAGUGACUGUUUGUCACAGUCGUACCAAGGAUUUACCUAAAGUUCUCAUUGAUUCUGAUAUCGUCAUCGCUGCUGCUGGGAUUCCUGAAUACGUUAAGGGUGACUGGAUCAAAGACGGCGCGAUCGUGAUUGAUGUGGGAAUCAACUAUAAGGACGAUCCUAAUGCCAAGAAUGGUAGAAAACUAGUAGGCGAUGUCGACUGGGAGAGCGUAUCAAAGAAAGCGGGUUAUGUUACUCCGGUACCUGGCGGUGUUGGUCCUAUGACGGUUGCAAUGUUAUGUUCGAACGUGUUUGAUGCCGCAAUCUUGCAAGAGCAAAAGGCUCAUGAAAAGUCAUUCAAGCCUUUACCUCUAGAAGUCAAAAAUCCGGUACCAUCUGACAUUGAAAUUUCUAGAUCUCAGAAACCGAAAAAGAUCACCAAACUUGCGGAAGAACUUGGAUUGCUUGAGAUUGAAUUAGAGCCAUAUGGUCAUUUCAAAGCAAAAGUAGAUCCAAAACUCGUCAUUGAUCGUUUAGAUGAACAAUCGGAGGGUUCGAGUUCAGAAAAAGGAUAUUAUGUAUUAGUAGCUGGUAUCACUCCGACACCCUUAGGAGAAGGUAAAUCUACGACUACUAUGGGCUUGACGCAAGCCUUAGGAGCUGAAUUGGGAUUUAAUUCAAUUGCUAAUGUCAGACAACCUUCUAUGGGUCCAACUUUUGGUGUCAAAGGUGGUGCAGCUGGAGGUGGUUACUCUCAAGUUAUUCCUAUGGAUGAGUUUAAUAUGCAUUUAACAGGGGAUAUUCAUGCAAUCUCUGCUGCUCAGAAUCUCUUAUGUGCUGCAGUUGACACUCGAAUGUUUCAUGAGCACACAUCUAAGACUACCAAGGGCUUCUUCAAAAGAUUGGUACCAGUCAAGAAAGGUAAAAGAUCAUUCACCCCUUCAAUGUUGAGAAGAUUGCAAAAGCUAGGCAUUACUUCAACCAAUCCUGAUGAAUUGACUGACGAGGAAAUUGAAAAAUUUGCCAUGUUGAAAAUUGACCCGUCAUCCAUAACUAUCAAAAGGGUGGUAGAUUGCAAUGAUAGAUUUGUUCGUGAGAUCACGAUUGGAGAAGGUAAAAAUGAGGCCAGUAAAUUUCCACCGAGAAAAACUGGAAUGGAUAUCACGGUUGCAUGCGAAUUAAUGGCUAUCUUGGCUUUGUCUAAUUCUUUGAAGGACUUAAGAGAAAGAGUAGGAAAAAUUGUUGUGGGAACCCAAUUAGGAACUGGAGAAGCUAUAACCGCAGAUGAUAUUGGUGUAGCAGGGGCUAUAACUGCUUUGUUGAAAGAUGCAAUUAAACCUAACUUGAUGCAAACUUUACAGGGAACACCUGUAUUUGUGCACGCUGGUCCUUUUGCUAAUAUCUCAAUUGGUGCUUCAUCAAUCUUAGCUGAUAAGUUAGCCUUAAAAUUAACUUCACCAUCAAAUCCUAUUAACAAUGGGACCAGAGGUUAUGUUGUUACUGAAGGUGGUUUUGAUUUCACCAUGGGUGGUGAAAGAUUCUUUAACAUAAAGUGCAGAGCUUCUGGUUUAAAGCCAAAUGCCGUUGUCUUAGUCGCUACCUCAAGAGCAUUGAAGUUGCACGGUGGCGCAUCAGAUGUCAAACCUGGACAGCCAUUACCCAAAGAGUAUGUAACUGAAAACUUGGGUUUCUUAAAGACAGGAUGUGCUAACUUGGCCAAACAAAUCUCAAAUAUAAAAGCAUAUGGUGCUCCAGUUGUUGUAGCGAUCAAUAAAUUUGAUACUGAUACUCAGGCAGAGAUUCAACUCAUUCAGGAAGAAGCUUUGAAAGCUGGUGCUGACUUUGCAAUUCCUUCAAGCCACUGGGCUGAAGGUGGUAAAGGAGCUAUAGAAUUGGCUAGGGCUGUAACUAAAGCUGUCAAGCUAUCUGAUGAUCAAGAGCAAAAGUUCUUAUACGAUGUGAAUGAUUCGGUUGAACAGAAAAUUUUGACUAUUGCUCAAAAGAUGUAUGGUGCAGCAGACAUCGAAUUGUCGCCGUUGGCUAAGCAGCAAAUAGCUACUUAUACCGAGCAAGGAUUUGAUAAGUUGCCCAUUUGUAUUGCUAAGACUCAGUAUUCGUUAUCUCAUGACCCAUCGCUAAAGGGAGUGCCUACAGGGUUUACUGUUCCAAUUAGGGAAGUCAGAUGCUCGGCUGGUGCUGGGUAUCUUUAUGCCUUAGCAGCAGAAAUAAUGACUAUACCUGGUCUUCCAACACACGCCGGUUUCAUGAAUGUUGAAGUCAACGAUGAUGGUGAGAUUGAGGGAUUAUUUUAG